GAAGCACAGAUAUAUGAUAAGUUAAAAGAAGUGAUGCAAACGGUCGAUCUGGAUGAAGUAACCAGUAGAGAUAUUCGCCUGAAGGUCGAAGAAAGUUUGGGAAUGAAUUUGGAUGAGUACAAAGAUUUCAUCAGUCGCCAAGUGAUGGUUAUUAUGGGCCAAAUGGAUACAGCAUCGCAAAUUUUCCCUUAUCUCUACUUGGGCACCGAAUGGAAUGCAUGCGAUUGGCAGUGGCUUGAAAAUAACAAUGUCAAAUAUAUUGUAAACGUAACGAAUGAAGUGGAAAAUUUUUUUCCGGCUCGUUUAAAAUAUCUAAAAAUACGUGUUUCGGAUGAGGCCAGUGCUGAGCUGCUGAAGUAUUGGAACCAGACAAAUCAAUUCAUCAAGGAAGCUAAUCGAUCUUCGUCAACUGUGAUUGCUUUCGCAAUGAAGGAAUAUGGCUGGGCACUAUCGGAAGCCAUGGAACAUGUAAAAAAUAAACGUGGUUGCAUUACACCAAAUCUUGGCUUCGUCGAGCAACUCAGAACAUUUGAAGGUUUGUUUUUUUUUUUUACUCAGUUGUGUUUUGUAGAAUUUUAA